CCGGUUGUUAGGUGGCAGUUGACAUUGCCUGUAGCAAAAGGAUAGCAGCGUGCUAGCUAACAAGCCUCUGACAGCGACCAGUGUACCCAACGUCCAUCAAUUGCCGGAAGAGACACGUUCAGUUGUCACGUUUUUCCUCGUAUACUUGGUUAAUUUAAACGCAAAGAUGUUCGAAGAAGCGAGCGAAGUGUUUGAGAACAUGUUCAAAUCUUCAUUUCCUUUGACAUUCAUUGUAUUUUUGCCGGCUGUGCUUAUUUUGGUGUCACCGCUUCCAGCCGAAGCAGCACAUGAAUUUACAGUGUACCGCAUGCAGCAGUACGACCUGCAGGGACAACCCUAUGGCACAAGAAAUGCGAUUUUAAAUACCGAGGCUCGCACGGUGGAAGCAGAGCAGCUGAGUCGCCGCUGCGUGCUACUACGGCUAGCAGAUUUCUCCUAUGAGCAGUACCAGAAAGCUCUUCGACAGUCUGCCGGAGCUGUCGUCAUUAUUCUGCCAAAAAAUAUGUCCACCAUGCCGCAGGACAUUGUGCAGCAAUUCAUGGAGAUGGAGCCAGAACUCCUUGCCACAGAGACCAUUGUUCCAGUGUACUUUGCACUGGAAGAUGAUGAACUGCUGUCCAUAUACAAGCAGACCCAAAUCUCAUCAUCAUCACAAGGAUCCUCAUCAGCAGCUGAGGUGCUGCUGCACACAGCAACUGCCAAUGGUUUUCAGAUGGUCACCAGCGGUGCACAGAGCAAAGCAGUGAGCGACUGGGCCAUCACCAGCCUGGAGGGAAGACUGACUGGUGUUGGAGGAGAGGACCUGCCAACCAUCGUCCUGGUGGCUCACUAUGAUUCCUUUGGAGUGGCACCGUGGCUGUCCUAUGGAGCUGACUCUAAUGGGAGUGGGGUGUCUGUUCUGCUGGAGUUGGCCCGCCUCUUCUCCAGACUGUACACGUAUAAGAGGACACAUGCUGGGUACAACUUGCUAUUCUUUGUAUCUGGAGGCGGAAAGUUCAAUUACCAAGGAACCAAGCGUUGGCUGGAAGAUAAUUUGGACCAUACAGACUCCAGCCUGCUGCAGGACAAUGUAGCGUUCGUGUUGUGCUUGGACACUCUGGGCAGCGGGGACAGCCUUCACCUUCACGUGUCCAAACCUCCAAAAGAGGGCAGCCCACAGUACGCCCUGUUGAAAGAGCUGGAGACCGUGGCCUCUAGCCAGUACACCAAUAUGUCCUUCUCCAUGGUCCACAAGAAGAUCAACCUGGCCGACGACACUCUGGCCUGGGAGCACGAGCGCUUCGGGAUCCGCCGCCUGCCGGCCUUCACGCUGUCGCACCUGGAGAGCCACCGGCACGCCCUGCGUGGCAGCAUCAUGGACAUGCGGUCAGUGUCCCCCUCUCAGAAUGGGGCGGGAGAGGUGACAGCUGGGCCUCACGUGGACUUAAAAAAGCUCAGUCGCAACACAAAACUGAUCGCAGAGGCUCUGGCCAGAGUGGUCUACAACCUGACCGAGAAGGGUGCACCAGGGGACCUCAAGAUCUUCACAGAGCAAAUGGUGCAGGAGGAGCAGCUGUCCUCAGUGGUGGACUGGCUGACAGCUCAGCCCCGAGCCGCCCAGUUGGUUGACAAGGACAGCAGCGUAGUCAACACACUGGAGUACUACCUGGGCCGCUAUCUCAAGGAUGUAAAGCGGCACUACGUCAAAGCAGACAAGAGAGAUCCAGAGUUUGUAUUUUAUGAUCAGCUCAAACAGACGAUGAAUGCAUACAGGGUAAAGCCAGCCAUCUUUGAUCUGCUCUUGGCAGUCUGCAUUGCUGCUUACCUUGGAGUCAUGUAUUUUGCAGUGCAGAACUUCGUUUUUCUCUACAACAUUCUGCGCCGUGUCACUCAACCCAAGGCUACCAAACAGCAUUAAGGCUCAGGAUCGACUUUCUCUUUUCCACUGAAACAGGAAACCAGACCCACAGUCCUGUUUGUCUCUGAAAUGAGCUCUGCAGCUGGUCCAGUGACUUCCUACCCUUGAGCCGCCAUGUUUACUUCAACUCACUAAUGCCAUCAACCACUCCCCUAUAACCCCUGCCCCAACUAAAAGUGUUUUUCUUUUGCGGAACAAUUUUACCCUAAAUUACUCCCUCCUACAUGUCAGGAACAGCUUAGGCGUCUUCCUCCUCUCUACUGCCAUGUUUGUCUGUUUCUUCCAACACAUUGAAUUUUGCUCUCUUCUCCCCAACUCCUUUUACUGGCCAAGUUUCAGAGGGUGGUCUUCUCAGGCAGCUAAGAUGAGCUUUCACUGUGUAGGAGAACUUACUGGGACCCUAACUACUGAGAUGAAAUCUCUUUGAUAACCUGCCUUUUUGUCUAUGCUGUCUUCAAAAUGAGAUAAUGCGUGUGGUUUCUUUCGUUUUUUUUUUUCGUUUCCUGCAUUGUUUGUGCCCCAGAUCUUUUAAAACUUGACCUUAAAGUGGAAUACUCUUCAGCCAUUAUAGAUAUUUAACUAAAACAUACAUUUUGAGGUCAUAUCCUAUACCGGGAUAUCUUGCUGUGAAAAUGACUUUGAAGUGAUGGGAGAUGAUGCCCUGCAUAUUUUUUAACAUUCAGAUGCAUCUCAAACCAGACCUCACGAGUGAUUCUGAAAUGUAUGCAAUGUUCUAAUAAGAUGUGUAUUUUGUAUUUGAAAGCAGUGGCAAGAAACUGAUUUCCUGCAUGCCCAUUGUUUCAUAAAAAUAAAUAAACAUUCAUGUAGUGAAGUUCUUUACUGGUAAAACAUUUCAUUACAACGGAAAUACUGUACGGUACAGGUUGUAGAGAUUAUCAUUUCUGGAAGCUAUCCAGGCUUCACUUUGCACUGUAGUUUGAUAUCACCACCAAACAUUUUUACAACAGGGAUGAAUGAUAGAAAAAUAAAGGACAUCUGUUGAAAUAAAAA